AUGCUCCCUGACCGUGACAUCCCAGCCCGCAACCCCCGCGGACCCUGCUGCUCUCAUGCCCGAGAGCCGCCACACCACCACGGUCUGGGGAGCCGCGGGCUCCGCCGCCCACCACCCAGGGGCACCGCAGCUCACCCUCACCGCCCGGCUUCGGCCCGGGGGACGCCCCUCGGCCCCGAUCCGCACUCCGGGCGGCGGCUGGGGUCACCCCCGCGGCGGCGGCCGCCUCCGGGGCAUCCUCCGCGCUGCGGCAUCGCGGGCACGUUGCCGUGGCGACCGCGCCGCGCAUCCCCCCGGCCCGUCCCGGCGGUGGGGGGCAUCUCAUCAAUAUUCCCGCCACCUUCUUUAUUUCUUUCCUUAAGUUUUCCGCGCUCCCGGACCACGCCUGAGCCCAAGUCGCUUACAAGUGCCGGCAAAACCGAGCAGAGGAUGAGAGAGGCGCCCUCGGGGCCGGCCCGGCCGCUCCCACCCGCUGGUGCCCGCUCGGCGGGGCGGCCGCAGCCCCACUGCCGCGGAGCGGGGCUCGGCUCGGCUCCCCGGGCACGGCUCGCACCCGCGGCCGGCAGGGCGAGGCACGCCCGCCUCGCCCCGGCACCUGCCCGCGCACCCAGCCCGCAGCUCCCGGGCUCAGAACGCCGUGGCCGGGGCGUGUGCGGGCCGUGUCGGUGCCCUGCCGGCCCGCUCCGCUCCCCCCGCCCCUUACCUCCGCGGCGGCGCCGGGGGAGCCGCGGGCACGCCGCCGCCGCGGGCAGGGAUGACCUUGCGGAGAAAUCCAUCAUCCGGGCAGGAAAACAAGCCGCUCCUCGGGGCGUGCGGCGGCGGGAGGAGCGCGGCAGGCAGGGAGGGCAGAGGGCUCCGCUUGGGCGGCCCUUCCCGCCGCGGGGGCAGGACGGAGGCGAUCCGUGCCGCCACCGACGAGGGGCACGGGCGGCAGCACGGCCGGCCCAGGCUCCGCCGCCGCCCGCGGAGCUGCGCCUCCGACCGCUGCCGGCUGCGGCUCCCGGCCGGCUCGGGAGGCGGGAGCGGCGGGGCUGCGGCGCCGGGCCGGGCUCCCCCGCGGCCGCAGCGGAGCGGGCAGCGCCCGCAGCAGCAGCCCCGGAGCGCUGGCCCCGCAGCCCGCCCCGAGCCCGCCCGAAGCGCAGGGCGCGGACACGUACCUGCUUCCAGGGAGACAUUCCCCGCUGA